GAAUUCAUCUCCAAAACCAUCAAACUCUUUUACCUCUCCUGUUUUCUUCCCAACACCUACUCUUAUAUAUACCUCGACAAAACCUAAACCAUGCAACUUAAUUCCUCCAUUCAUCAAUCCAUUCAAAAAGCUUUAAAUUUUUUUUCUCAAUUUCCUCUGCAACCUUACCCUUGUUGCUCUUUAAUCACCAACUAAGCACUUAGUACUUGUUCAAUUCUAUCUCCUGCAAAUGGCAAAGAAUGUCGGACAGUCUUCCAUGGAGAGAACCAGCAGCCUGCAGGCGGCCCUUGACCAGAAGCUAGCCCUCGCCAAGCGGUGCUCCCAUGAAGGUGCAAAAGCAGGAGCUAGGGCAGCUGUUCUUGCUACAAUCGCUUCAGCCAUUCCAACUAUGGCAAGUGUGAGGUUCCUGCCAUGGGCAAGAGCCAAUCUGAAUCCAACUGCUCAAGCUCUCAUCAUCUCCUCAGCGGCGGGGGCAGCAUAUUUCAUAGUAGCCGACAAGACAAUUUUAGCAACCGCGAGGCGGAACUCCUUCAACCAGCAGGCCUCCUCCUCCAUACCUCCCAAGUACUAUUAACUGAAGCAUGAAGCAAUGCAUGGCUUUGAGUGACCGGUGAGCAUGACCUUAGCUCUUGUGUCGCUCCCAUGGGUUUUGUGGAGCAAAUGGGAAUGUAAAUCCAUCUUCUAUAUCUUAAAUAAAAUGGAUUCUCACUA